AUGCCCCCGGUCGCCUUCGAUCAGGGCUCCCCGGGGCGCCUCGUCUCCUUUCUGUUUGAGGGAGACGAAACUGUAUCUUGUGAGGUGUGCUUCGAAGCCUUCCAGCCCAUCCAACGACCCCCGAAAAUCCUGCCCUGCGGCCACAACUUUUGCUCGCAGUGUCUCUUUAGUAUUUGCUGUCAUCAAGAGUACUACCUGCUCGACUCCAUCAAAUGUCCGACAUGUCGACGGCAAUUCUCGACAACAACGGCGAAGAAUGCGCCUACAAACUACGAUCUUUGCAAAAUUCUGGAAAGCGUGAAGAAAGGCCGGGAGGUGAACAACAUUACCGUAAUCCACGUCAGCGGUACGGAGGAGCCGAAGACACCAAAGAGCUCAAAAAGUGACAAGAAGAAAAAGAAGUGGAAGAGCACGGAUUUGGAUCGGGAAAGGCGGCAUCGGGAGGAGAUCCAAUUCCUCGCCCCAGACGUGAAACGACUGGCUGGUGGCUCGAAGAGGGAAAAAGUGGCUGUGAAAAGGUGUCAAGACUGCAAGCGAAAAGUUACCGCAAAAAACCUGGAGAAACUGGCACGAUACUGCGAGGAGUGCUCGACGUCGGCAAGCGUGAACUUCUCAUGCCUGGAAUGUUGUGUGAAUUUACACAACGGUCAUCACCUCUUCUCGGUGCAGCAAAUGUGCUCCAUCAAGCAGCAGGUGCUCGAUGAGGUCCGAGAAAUCCGGAGCAAGACCGUCGAUGCCGGAGAAAGAUUUGAUCGGAGGCUUUCUGAGCUGCGAUCGGCUGGUGCUCCAAUUGAUUCUCCUCAACUUGUUGCUGCGAAACAAAAUUGCAUGAACGAAGCCCUCGCCCAACUCGAUGCCACAAUCCGAAAGCUCGAGGCCAAGCGACUUCUCCCCACGACGCUUCUCAAGUGCAUACGAGAAGCACAGUACUCCCACUACACCAAAGUCUCCCAGCUCAGUGCGAGGCUGGAAAAAGCGGUCAUCAUUCCCCAGAAUCAUGACAGCCCGAUGCACGCGACGAAGGCUUGUGAUCGCUUCUCCUCCUCCUUCUGCUCCACAGCCACCACCACCUCCCGAAUCCGCCAGCAAAGGCUGACCGUGCGUGGGGACGAUUCUCUGGCUAGAGAAGCCCUGCACGCCAUCGUUUCCGUACUGCCUCAAAAUGAGAAAUCGGCGCAGUUGGCUGAGAUCCUGAUGCGCUUCACCCCAAAGGAUACGGUAGAACAACGGAAGCAGCUGUAUCUGAACGCCGCGAAAUUGAUCGUUCAGUUCCUUUACGAAGACCGCGACCUCCCCGCCCUGGAGAUGUUCAAGGACUUCUUCCUGAACGCCUUCUAUCAGUUGCACGUCCUCAGCCGGAAGAAGAACGAGUUCGGCACGGAGACAAAGAAAAUCAGCCGCUCCCAGAUCUGGAAGAGCGUCCAGUUCUGCUACAACGAGCUCCUGAAGGUGGCGUCAAAGAAAUUCCCGGCCUCUCACCCGGAACGCAUUGAUGUCAUCGACGACUUGGCAUAUCUUUGCCAUUUGUUUGCGGACGUUUGUGAUCAGAGUACCGUAACCGUCUGUAUGAUCGAAGCAGCAAGAGCACGAGCAUCGGAUAGCUUUCUGGAUGAGACGCAAAGGAAUUUGGCGGACGAGAGAUUGCAGCAAAUCGACGACCAUCUCCUCGACUGCCGAAAAGCUCAAAAGCUCCAACAGCUUCGAUCCACCAAGCAAAAGUCGGGACUCAAAUCCCUGUUUUCUUGUCUCCGCUCGACGGCUACUGCU